AUGUUGCAAUUAGCCACCCUACUACUAUUCAUUACCAUUGCUUCGGCAAAUUUGUUUGAUUUUAUCAAUCAUCAAUUUGGUGGGGCUACACAGCACGCUCAAGGUGUCAAGCACCCAGAAGACUACGAAAACUUGAUGCUCAACACACAAUGUAACAGGUACUUGUGUCCCGAUACUGGUAUCUGUGUAGAUGCACCUAAAUUCUGUCCCUGUCCGUAUCCAUCAUCACAGUUGAGAUGCUUUUUGCCGGAUGCAAGGUACAUUUGUAUUUCAAAGCCCGCAGGUGAAGGUAUUUCUGACAAGUACGCUGAUCCAAAGACAAAUUUCAAGAUAGAUGCUAAAGAUGACAAUAUACGUGAUUGUGGAUGGGUCAGUAGGGCAUGGAGAGGAUUGUGA